GGGGCUGGGGGGGAGGGGCUUGGGGGGUGCGCGCGAGGCGGGCGACGGUUGGCUGUGGUUGUUGUUGUUGUUUUGUGUUUACGUUGACAGAUUUGAAUCCGGCCAAUGGGGACGCGCGACUCCUCGUAUCACUCGUCACGUGACCGCCGCCCGGGCGGGUCGAGAUUUCAAAAAGUUCAGGCGGCGCUGGCGGCUCCGGCGGCGGCUUCGGUGGAGCCUGACGGGUCCCGAGCCGCGUGAAACGUUCCCAGCAGAAAUGGAGGACAUUCCGAAUCGUGAAGCCAAGAGAUUUCGUCCAGAAAACAAGGAAAACGACAGCAGGAUGCGGAUGAGUGGGCAGGAAGGGGACGGAUGUUUGCCGCUCGGGGAGAGGCUCGAGUGCGAGACGGAUCUGCUGAAGCUCACCAACCUGCUGCUGUCUGCAAGCUCCUAUGAGGAGCGGCGGCUCAUCCGCGCUGCCAUCCGCAAGCAGUGCCAUGACGAGACACCCGCGCCAGGUUUCUCGCGCGCAUCUCUCAGGGCUCGCGUGGCGGAGGCCCUCGGGGCCUGCCAAGGGCAGGGAGAAGUGCACGGGACCCCGGGGGCCCGAGUGGGGCGCGGCGACUCCACCUCCAAACGCCACGGGGAUUGUGCGGCGCCAGAGAGGGCCGAGCGGCAGCAGCCGCAGCUGCCACGGGGCGUUGCGGGGGGGCGGCCGGCGGAGGACAGGGACCGCCGUGAGGCAGUGGCGGAUCUCCACGCCGGCGCGAGGCCGCGGGGAGGAGAGGGAGAUGAAGGCGCGGCCGGCAGGGGCGGCGGGAAGCCGGAACGAGGGCGGGAGGAGCCCGCGAGCGAUGGAGGAGGUGGUGGAGGAAGUGAAAAAGAGGAGGAGCGAGGGUUGUUGGCUGCAGGUGCUGGGAGAGGAAGACGCGGGAUGGGAGAGGAGGGAGGCGGCGCCCGAGAGUGGAAGAAGAAGAAGAAUAAGAAGCGGGAGAGUGGUGACGUGGGGCGGAGGCGUAGCAGCAGAGUGAAGCGCGAGAGAGGGAACGACGACCUGAGUAUGGGUGGUGCCAAGAGGAAGGAGGAGGAGGAUGGAAGCGAGGGAGGAGAGCGAGGAGGAGCCGUCGGAGGAGAGGAAGGAUGUGGGGCGGCGAGGAGGGGUGCAGCACUUGGCCUGGUGGGGAGGGAGGGGGGCGGCUGCUGGAGGGGGAGGGGCUGGGAGGGGCGCUCCCGGUUGGGGGUGAGAGGUGGGGGCCAGGCGGGGGGGAGUGUGGCCGAGGUGGAGAGCGGAGACACGAGGGGGAAUGGAGACGACGAUGGCGCGGCAGCGGUGCAGCGGGGACGCGGCGCCGCCUCUUCCUCAGAUGGAAGCUCUGCAACACCGGCACGGGCGGCACGGGGGCAGCGACGCAGCACAGCCGGCUCCACCCCGCACCCGCUGCUGCUGUCCGUACGUGAGCGCGCGCGCCAGUUCUGUGACACCACCGACGCCGCGCCCGCCGCCCUACGGGCUCCGUGUCAGACCCUAAGCGUGAAUCUCUGGCCGAGCACCGGCUCCCCGGUGUUGCCCGUGGUUCAGCGCGCGUCCCGGCGGCAACAGCAGGAACAGGAGCAGCAGCGGCAGCAGCAACAGGAGCAGCAACAGGAGCAGCAACAGGAGCAGCAACAGGAGCAGCAACAGGAGCAGCAACAGGAGCAGCGGCAGCAGCGGCAGGGAUCUCCCUCCCCACCGCGUCGCGACGUCGGCAAAGCCCACGGCGCGAUGGGAGACGCCGCGCCGGGCCCGCCCAAGGAGUGCACAGCCUCCUCGCUCGUCGGGAGGGAGGAGCGGUGGGCCGAGAGAGCGGGCCGGGAGCUGCCGUCUACGAGCGCGGGGCGGCAACGCAGCGCCGCCACGGCCGCCCCCCUCGCAAACGGGGCGGAGGAGGAGCGCACGGCCGCCUGGGGCGUGUGGCAGGAACACAGCGCCGCCGCGGAGGCCUCGCCCACCAAGAGCGGUGGGAAGCGCACGUUCACGCGUGCGGUGAGGGAACGCACGAGCGCGCGGGAGCAGCGCGCGGCCUUCCGCGGGGCGCAGGAGCAUGCGGAGGAGGAGGAACGCACGUCCUCGCAGAGAGUGGAGAAACCCGCGGCCUCGCAGAAGGUGGAGGAACCCGCAGCCUCGCAGAACGUGGGGGAAGGCCCGGCCUCGCAGAAGGUGGAGGAACCCAUGGCCUCCGGCACAGAGGGGGAGUGGGAACACGCGACUAACAAAGGGGAGGAGCGCACGUUUGCGCGUGCGUGGAAGGAGCGCACGGCGGCGAGCGCGACCGGGAGACGCGCGGCGUUUCGCGGGGCGCAGGAACGUGCGGCAUGGAGAGCGGAAGAGGAGGAACCCUCGGCAGCUCCGCAGCAGCAGGAGGAGGAAUCCACCGUCUCCACAAGCUCGCAGGAGCCGGAGGAGGAGGAUGGGGGGAGUGGAUGCUCCUCGUCCGCCGAUCAUCAUCGUCUCCUCCGGUCGCGCGAGGAGGGGAGCGUGGGGUCCGGGCCGGACCGAGCGGGCAGCAAGGGAGGGAGCAGGUGGGGAGGGUUCGGGGAUGGGGAUCGCGGUCUCCGCAGCGACACGACGCCAGCUCGGAGCGGGGCCCCGGGAGCCAGGGGAGCGGAGACGGAGGAGCAGCAGUCGGGAGGAGCCUCGCUGGCUCAACUGAGCCAGGUGGAGGAUGAGGACGCGCUCACAGCCAUGCUGGAGCAGACUCAGGAGUGCGAGCAGAGGCUUCUGAUCCGAGCGGCGCGGAGAGCACUCAGGAGGAAGCAGGAGGCCCUGGCUACCCCUGAGACACGGGGGACGUUGAUUGGCCAUGCAUCUGGGAGCUCCUUGCACAGCACCCACACGGGGCUGCUCCCCUUCUCCACACCCAGCGUCAACUCCACACCCAGCAUCUCCUCGGCACCCAGCGUCUCCUCUACAAUUGCCGGUGUCUCCUCCACACCAGACCGUGUCUCGUCCACACCCAGCGUCUCCUCUACACCCAGCGUCUCCUCUACACCCAGCGUCUCCUCUACAAUUGCCGGUGUCUCCUCCACACCCGCCCGUGUCUCCUCUACACCAGCACGUGUCUCCUCCACACCCGCCCGUGUCUCCUCUACACCCAGCGUCUCCUCCGCACCCAGCGUCUCCUCUACAAUUGCCGGUGUCUCCUCCACACCCGCCCGUGUCUCCUCUACAAUUGCCCGUGUGUCCUCCACACCCGCCCGUGUCUCCUGCACACCCGCCCGUGUCUCCUGUGCACCAGCACGUGUCUCCUGCACACCCGCCCGUGUCUCCUGUGCACCAGCACGUGUCUCCUGCACACCCGCCCGUGUCUCCUGUGCACCAGCACGUGUCUUCUCCACACCCGCCCGUGUCUCCUGCACACCCGCCCGUGUCUCCUGUGCACCAGCACGUGUCUUCUCCACACCCGCCCGUGUCUCCUCCACACCCGCCCGUGUCUCCUCCACACCCGCCCGUGUCUCCUCCACACCCGCCCGUGUCUCCUCCACACCCGCCCGUGUCUUCUCCACACCCCAAGUCUCCUCUGCACAGCCCCUACGCACGCCUGUAGCAGGCGUCAUCGCCUCCAACGCGAAUUCUACCGCGACCUCUACUGCGACCUCCACCGCGACCUCCAAUGCGGCCUCCUCCAUCAUCUCCACUACCAAACCAUCGACUCUGGGUGAACGGUCCGGUGCGAAGAAGAUCGGCAGUGUAUUUGACCGCGAGGAUGAGACCCCCCGUCGAGCUGGGCCGUCGCGUGACCUCGCGACCCCGAGGCUCGCGACCCCGAGGCUCGCGACCCCAAAGGUCGUGACCCCCGCGGGAGGCCAGGCGCGGUUGGCGCUGGUGGAGAAGCUGGGAGGGCGGAGCGCGUGGCAGGGAACUCCGGCUCCACGGACUCCGGGGGGCGGCGGGGGGGCCGCCGGCGUUGGUGGCGUGGUGAAGGCGAAGCAGCGGCUGCUGGAAUGGUGCCGCUCCAAGACGCGCGGCUACGAGCACGUGGACGUGCGUGACCUCUCGGGCAGCUGGAGCGACGGCCUCGCCUUCUGCGCCCUCGUGCACAACUUCUUUCCUGACGAGUUCGACUUCUCUCGCCUGGAGCCGCACGACCGCCGUCACAACUUCACGCUCGCCUUCUCCACCGCCGAGCGGCGUGUGGGCUGCUGCCCCCUGCUGGACGUGGAGGACCUGGUGGACAUGGGAGAGCCCGACUGGAAGUGCGUGUUCACCUACCUGCACGAGCUGUACCGCGCACUGGCACAGCACGGACUCGUCUCUCGUGGGGCCUAGAGAGACGCACGCACACACACACACACGGUGCACGUAGACGCGUUGGGUACGCGUGCAGACACGCAGCAUGGACAGAGACCCACACACGGUGCACAUCAACACAUAGGGUACGCAUACAGACACGCAGCAUGCACGGAGACACACACACGGUGCACGUAGACACGUAGACUACGCGUACAGACACGCAGCAUGCACGGAGACACACACGGUGCACGUAGACACGUUAGGUACGCGUACAGACAUGCAGCAUGCACGGACACGCAGCAUGCACUGAGACACACACGGUGCACGCAGCAUGCACGGAGACACACACACGGUGCACGUAGACACGUAGAGGACGCGUACAGACACGCAGCAUCCGAAGGAUAUUCUGUUGUAAUGCUAUGCCGAGGCAGCCGUUACAACCGCUUAUUCCUACUCGCGCUGCGACGUAGUUCUGUUCGCUCAAUCGCGUAAUAUCUGAUUCGCAUCCUAUUCCCUAUAAUACAUCCAUCGCGUUCUAAUCAAUGGCAGAGCCAGGAUUUUCAGGUCGGGGGGGGCAAGCCCUCCAGCAAUGAAAUGAUAGAGGAGUUGUAAGUAAGGACUUGUCCCUUGCUUUUUAUUCGACACAUGUGCGACGAUAGCGCAGCCAUCGAUCGAGGGUCGAAUUCGAACCAUGUGUGGUCGGCAUCGCGCUCGCUGAAGGUGAAUGCCUUCAGGAAAGUCGUGUGCUGUAUACGCAACUGUGCACAAUUCUGUGAGUCGCUUAUAACCGCUUUUAUUACCAAUUUUGGACUCAGACUAUUGUCCUAUCAUCUCAUGGAGUCCCUGGCACGUAAUAAUAUGCUACACAGUGGCAGUGGGGGUCGCAAAAUGCCGAUUUAUUACUAAUAAAACCCAAUGAUCCGAUCGAAAUUAGGGAUUUCGAUCAGAUCAUUGGGGGGGCACGUGCCCCACCCCCCCCCCCCCCCCCCACUGGCUCCGCCAGUGGUUCUAAUCCAAUUCGCGUUAGGAAAACACAAGGCUAGUUACAGGAGAACGGGACUGUACACACAUAGUACACACAGACACAGUAAACACGGCUUUGUCAUACACAGGAUACACGCGUAGCAGGAAACAGAAAACAAAGCACAUUCGCACCUCCAAUUAGUACGGUUAGCUAUGCCUUAACAGACUGUUGGGGCAAGUGCUGUUGGCGAGUAGCACCUAUGACGGCCGGCACGGCUCACAGGGGUGGGUGGCCAGCACCACACCCGGCCGCCUUUGUUUUGCUAGACAGGAUAUACGCACACACAAAUGCAGAUUCGCAUCACGUACACAUAGAAAGACGCCUUGUGGCACAAGAUGCAGAAGAAGACCCCCAUGCCUCACGGCGCUCGCGGCACGGAGAGCACCGAGCUUCCUUGAGAGUUGUCGUCUGUCAGGGUUCCGUGCACUCUCCCCUCUGCGUGUGUUGGUGUGUGCGGGAAGCGGUGGCGUAUCUGCUAGCGCUUGCGCUGCGCUACGAACCCGGCGACCCGGGUUCGAUUCCCGCUCACGGCCACCAACACCGGUGUCGAUUAUCUGCACCGGUCCUUGGGCCUCCCCUAGGUCGACUCGGCCUCAAAUGAGUACCUGGAGUGGUGUGUAAAAACAUCACCACUGGGGAGACAAAGGCGGCCGGGCGUGGUGCUUGCAACCCACCUCCUUGUUUGCCGUUGCGGCUGUCAUAGGUGCUACUCUCUGCAACAGCACUUGCCCCAACAGUCUGUUAAGGCUAUACGGGGGAUCUUUGUUUUUUUGUGGGGCUUUUCAUUGCACUGCGCACUCCAACCCCCACCCCCUUUAUGAAAACACUACAGCAUUGUAAGCUUGUAGCAGGACCCUCUCGAUAACAAGAGUCUAAGGCUCAGUGGGGCUCUCCUGGGUAAAUAUCACGCUUUUUUAAUUGAUGUUCGAGAGGUUAUGAAUGUCGUGCGUCCCCGUUCGUCAAUCUAAAUGAUUUAAAAGUGCGGCGUCCUAGUAUCGCAAGGAAGAGCGUUCCAGACGGCCGCAGAAGCGCCACACGUAAGCGCCGCAACGACAAUCCGUUGGUGACCGUCUUGGUGUGACCGCACCGUCCACGCAGACCCCCCUCGGAGCCGUACCCCUCGCGCCCCAUCGCCAAGCAGACACCGGCGCACUGGCCUCCGCCGCGAAACGAACAAAUCCUGACCCUGCCAUCGACGCGUUCUCGCUCGACGCUGUGAUGCGGUCGCAAGGGGCAACGCUGCGCACCUGGUCCCAGCAGGGGAUCUCUGUUUAACUCCUGGGUCCGCAUCGCCAAGGUUGAACGCAGCCUUAAAUGAGCACAGUCUGUUCUCCUAUAACGCGGGAGUCAUAGUCGUCGCGGUUGCUUUCCCGAAGAACACCGCGUUGUGGAAAAAUCCCGUUGUAAUAAGUAAUAUAGGUGGUAAAAUCACUGCCCACGGUAACGCGAGAUGCGUCACGCAAGAUGCGUAACGCAGGCCCAACAAAGACUCAGACGCCGUGGGUAGCAUCUCGGAAGCAUCCAGCAGCAUCCCAAUGCCUUGUUCGAUGAUGAUGCUACGCCGAGGCAGCCAAACGACGGCUUAUCCCUACUCGCGCUGCGACGUAGUUUUGUUCGCUGGAUCGCAUUAUAUAUCACCAUUCGCUUCUGCCUUUAAAAAAAAUUCGUUCCCUGAUACAUCCAUCGCAUUAUUUAUUAAAACAAGGCGCUGUAUGAGAAUAGACUGUACUUGAUGCAGUGUGUAAACGCCAGCACUGGUUCUGGUUAACGGUUCUGGUUAACGGUUCUGGUUAAUGGGUGCUUGCUAGCAGUGCUUGCCCACCGUGGGGUUUGUCUGGCUGAACUGGGUGGAAUCUCUGUGAGUUGUGUGGAAUCGCCUUAGUGCCGCGGCACUCGUUUAGAUCUUGUUUUAACUGCUUUAGCGAAACAAUAAAAGUGAAUUUCUUUUUUUAAAUCGAGAA